GCCACCGCACCGGCGAUGCGGAGGCCAAUGCCCAAACUCGCAAGAGAUCAGAGCAAGGGAGAAGAAACGAGUCCAAAGAGAAAGAGCGAGCAGGAAACAGCUGCGUUUUCCUGGGCUAGCACGGGGGGAGGCUGGGAGCGGGUAGUUCAGGUUUGCCUUGCCACCGAAAUGAGCUGCAGGCGCGGUGAAGAGGGGAACGAAGAGCUGUUCGAGACGAUGUCGUCCGUCUCCGGCGGUGAGUCCGACGCCGACGGCGAGGACCACUUCCCGGACGGCGCGGGGGAGGGCACGUGUGACCAGGACAGCCGCCUGUUCGUGCCGCAGCCGCUGCGGGGAAUGAACUCGGACAGCAUCUACGACAUGUCGUCCAUGAUGUCGCAGCUCCCGGGCAAGAAAGGAUUGUCGAGAUACUACGAGGGCAGGUCCCAGUCGUUCGCGUGCCUGGAGGAGGUGCGGUGCCUGGAGGACCUGCGCAAGAAGGACAGCCCCUACAAGCAGAAGAUCAAGUCGUGCAAGAGCUACGUCGCGCUGGGAGGGAUGGCCAAGAAGACCUCCUCGAGCUCCUGCGCGAAUCUGAACCUCGUGGCGGCCAAGGGGUUCAGGCCGCCCCCUAUUCAGAACGGGUACCAUCAGUAGGCUGCGAGUGCGAGGUAGAGAACGCCGCAGGAAUGCUUUUGAUCUUGAGGGUCUCUCUCUGUGUGCUCCUCUUCUUCCCACUUCCGCGGGAAUUUUCACCACGGGCGCAUUAGUCCGUGAAAAAAUUACGAGGCGUUGCACUGUUUCUUGCUCAGCUACCAAUAGAGGAACUUGGAUCGUUUUGCUACUCGGCAAGAAAACUGUUCUGUGUGUACUGUAAAUACGGAGCAGGACAGUGUGAGGCAUCUGGUUAUCGAAAUUUUCCGUCCAUUGCUCAUGUGGAUCUUUCGAUGC